AUGAGUGAUUUGGGUUCCUUGCACUAUUUUCUUGGAAUUCACAUGGUUAAGAACAAGAGUGGAUUAUUUUUGUAUCAAGCAAAAUAUGUUGCGAAUUUGCUUGUGUGUACAGGUUUGGAAUUUACAAAACCCAUGCUUAGUCCUUUUGUUAUUAAUGAACCUUUGGCUGCAUCUGAGGAUAGUCCAUUGAUUGAUGAUCCAAAGCUUUAUCGGAGUUUAGUUGGUGCUCUUCAAUACUUAACCUUCACAUGGCCAGAUAUUGCUCUUGCAGUAAAUCAAGUUUGUCAGUUUAUACAUUCUCCUCACGAGGUUCAUCUUAAGGCAGUUAAGGGGAUGCUCCGCUAUAUAAAAGGUAUUGUUUCUUAUGGGUUACAAUUAUUUAAAUCAUCUACACCAUCUCUCCUAACUUAUUCAAAUGCUAAUUGGGCUGGUUGUCACGACACACAUCGCUCAACAACUGGUUUUUGUAUAUUUUUGAAAAAGAAUUUAAUUUCAUGGUCUGCCAAGAAAUAA